AUGCCGGAUGCCAUGGGGAAAACAAUACCAAUCUGGUGUGCAGUCAUGAAUAGAACGCUGUUUCCUGAAAAGCCAGCCUACCAUGCAGUUCAGUUUGCACCAGCAUACCUUGGAGAAUCAGAAGAGUCACAAAUUGAAAACAAAAUAGACGGGUUCAUAGAAUCAUUUAAAGCAUUAAACUUGGAUAUGGGAAAACUAAAAGAAAGGCUGGGAAAACCUAUCCGCCUGGUCUGGGCUAGCAGAGACUUUUUCUCAGACAAUGAUGAGCAUGACGAUUCACAUUUACUCGUGCUCUGCUCGGCGUCAAGAUGCGUUCGUGGUGCCGAGAUGUCAGAGGGCGGAUAUAUCCAGGGUGCAGGUGACGACAGUGAGGGAUGGUCCCACGGCCUCACACCUCCCGUAUUUUGGAAACAUAAAGACCAACUCAUGGCAGCUGGAGAAUCGGAGCUUCCUGGCCUUAUUCAAGAGCUCGUUGAAAAGGAAUGUAAGCUGCCGUCGACUAAUGGGCGGUAUCUGAUAAAGCCCACCAGGAACAUAUAUAUCGGCAAACGCAGUGGUGUCGGUGAUGAUGAUGCGUCUUCUUUUGAUCUGGUCAUUGAUUGUGCUGGAAGCGUUGAUUCCAGUCAGUCGGGAUCACCGCAAUCAACGAAAUGGCUGAAUCUGGGCUGUCCCUCAGGGAAGUUGGGAAGUCGGCAGCUUAGAAAGGUUCUUGCUGGUGCUGAAAGCUUUGUGUCCCGCCAUUUAACUGGCGAUCCCUCGCUUUCCCUCCUCAUAAUGUGUUCGGAUGGUAAAGAUAUUUCUGUCGGAACCGCAUUGAUGGUUCUUUGCUCCCUCUUCGAUGAUCAAGGUAUCGCCCCCGGAAACAACCUGGCGCGUCCAACUAAUAUCUAA